AUGCCGCUGCCUCCGCAGGUCCAGCAGGCGCUCGAGAGCGUCAUCGGCUCGAUCUACAACCUCCAGACGUCCGCUGGCGGUGGCUACAAGCGCUACUACUCCGCGAUCUUUCGCGACCUCCCCGACCGCUACGAGUACCCGGACUACUAUGUCGUGAUCAAGGAACCGAGAUGUCUGCACGGAGUACUCGAGACCAUGCGCCGAGGAGCGUACACUAGCGCCCAGGCUGUCGCCUUCGAUCUCUUCCUCAUCUGGUCGAAUGCGCGCGAGUACAACGAGCAGGGCAGCCUCGUGUACGCCGAUGCGGACAAGCUCGAGGACUACAUGGAGCGACUCUGGCGUGAACGAUGUCCGCCUCUUCCCCCGUUCGAAUCGCUUCCCCACCCCGGCGCCGCUGCUCCGUCUACCGUCGCUCCGACACCAGUAGAGCCCGAGCGCAAGGUUAAGCGGAUCAAGCUGACCGGGUCGCUCGGGUCGUCCGCUGCGAGUCCAGGUCCCGCCGCGCACACUCCGACAACGCCAAGCGCGCCGGGCGCGACGAAACCUACGCUUACGAUCAAGCUCGGCGGCAAUCGUCAGACGGCUGGGGCGGCAGGCGGAAUCGGUGCAAGUGGUGCAGGACUUCCGCCGCUCCCGACUCUUCCGACGUUGCCAACACUUCCAGCGCACGGGUCGGAGAGGCUGCAGGCGACAGGAGGGUACGGCUCGUCUCAAGCGGAAGCAUCCACAGCGCGGGCUGUCAAGGCGGAGAGCGCUGGGCCCGACGGCGACGAAGCGCCCUCGACCACGCCUGCUGUUCCGACGGUCCCGGAUACCGAGUCAGGCUGGAUGGGCGGAGACAUCGGUGGAGAGCCGGCGCAGGUGUACCGAGGUAUCCUUGCCAAGAUUCGAACGUAUACCGAUGCGAGCGGCCGACCACUCGCAACGCCCUUGAUUGACAUUCCGGACCGAGAAGCUCGCCCAGACUAUUACGAGCUCGUGUCGGACCCAGUGUCACUCAACACCAUCGAGGCAAAGGUGAAUGCCGGCGGUUACUCGACUCCCGAAGCCUUCGACCGCGAUUUGCACCACUUGUUCGCCGUCGCCAAGCUCUUCAUUCGUCCCGAAUCGCCCGGAACGAUUUACACCGACUUGAUGGUUCUCCAACGUCUGUACCAGGAGCUCACCAAGCGCGUCUCGCCUCUCUCGCGGACCGCCGAGAUCAGCGACGCUGCAGCUCUCGCGUCAGUGGGCGGCGGGCCCGGAAAUGUUCAGCACGCGCGGGGAGACGAGGGCGCGAUCGGCCUGGACUUGAAGAGCCGCGCGACGACUCGGCCAACCACGAAGGACAAGAUCUUUCUCGACAGCAUCAAUUUCAAGGGCGAAGUCCUAAAGACUGGCGAUUGGGUACUUCUCCUCAAUCCGGAUUCCCCUGGCAAGCCGAUCAUCGCGCAGAUCUGGAAGACGUACAGGCGACAAGACUCGCCACAACGCUGUCUCUCGGUCUGUUGGUACUAUCGACCCGAGGAGACCGUGCAUCCCGCCUCACGCACUUUCUACGAGAACGAGGUCUUCAAGACGGGCGUCUUCAUGGACCACAAUGUCGAGGAUUUCCUCGACCGCUGCUUCGUCAUGUUCUUCACCCGCUACACCCGCGGACGACCGAAACCGCCGGCAUGGACCCCUUCGAUUCCGCUCUUUGUCUGCGAGCAUCGCUACAAGGACGAUGUCAAGGCGUUCAAGAAGAUCAAGAGCUGGGCGUCGUGCAUUCCCGAGGAAAUCCGCGUGCACGAGUACGACUUUGAGCCGUUCGAGGACGGACGCGUCGAGCAGCUGACGCGAGUCAAGAGUCCCUUCGUGCGUGGCAUGGCUGGCCCGGGGCGUCUUUCCGGUGCGGCCGCAUCCGCGCCGGCUUACCAUUUCUCGCAAGAUGGGAAGCCGCAGACGGCGGAAGAGGCCAAGGCGACGGUGCCCGAAGCUCGCGCGCAUCCGGCCUCGUCUCUCGCUCCGACAGUCGCACAGCCGACGGCCGGCUUCGACACCCCCGCGCCCGUCCCUCAGCCUACCUUCCCGUCUCUCGCUGCACAAGCUCCCGUCAUACCAUCUCUCUCAAGUCUGCCGCCCUCGUCAUCCGACUUUGCCGUCGAGCCGGUCGGCGCUCCCUCGCCUGCCAGUACACCAGCCGAGCAAGCAGCGUCGUUGGAGGACUUUGCCCCGCUACCCGCGUCCCUGAAGUCGAAGUUCCGCAGCGACGCGCUCGGCGACGUCCUGUGGUUCUCCGCACCGGCCGCCGUCGUCGCGCCUAUCGCCCGCCCCGCUCACUCCCUCGAAUACCUCUACUGGCGUGCCCAGCAGCGGCAGCAGCUCGCCUGA